AUGCAUCGACCGAUGGCUAAAGCAAAAGGAAUUACUUUCCAAUCACCUCGGUGCAAGGUAGCCCUUGUCUCCAAGAAGAUGGGACUCGACAGUGAUGGCCGCCAUUUCCUGUCCAGCACUGGCAUUGUAUUUGACUCUGGGACUCCACCCAAAAAGCGCAAGCUUUUAUCGAUUGAUGAUGAGUCGCUCCCCGAGGCGGGGCCCUCAUCGGCACUGACUGAUGGUCCCGAUGUCGCGAUGAAUGACAUUGCUUCUGCUGAGGCGGAAGCUAUGGAGGAUCGUGUCAAGAAUGGUGUCUCCAGGAAGCUCAUGCGAACAUCCCCAGCCUCUGUGUGUAUGGGGCACCCUCAGCGACACGAUGCCGAGACUGCUUCCAGUCCGCUGCACUCUGUGCGGAGUGUAUCGUGCACUUCAGGGUACCCUUUAUCCCUAGCUCUUAGCAACAAGAUCUUCUAUAGGCAUUCUGUGGCAUUGCCCAGGGCAUAG